AUGAUUUUGGAUUAUCACGUUCUCUACUUUGACGAAUUCCAGCUAGUCGAUGCUUCUUCUGCUGCGCUCAUCAGAGAUGUUCUCUCAUGGUAUUGGCGGCUGGGCGGGGUGGUUGUGGCUUGCUCUAACAGAGUACCGGAAGAUCUGUAUCACCACGGGGUACAACGGGAUAGGAUGAUAGGAUUUUUGGAUGCACUGAAAAGUAGAUGUGAGGUGGUUCAGGUUGAUGGCGGAGUGGACUGGCGUGCAAGAAACGAUCACGAACCCCAUGAGGUACUGUUGAAAUGGUAUAGCCAAGAUGAUGAGAGCUUCGAGGCCGCCUGGCAGGAGAAGACUGAAGGAUUAGCUGUUGGACCUACUCAAGUCUCGGUAUAUGGAAGAAAAGUCCCGGUCCCCGCAGCUGCAGAGGGAGUUUGUCGCUUCACCUUUGCCGAUUUAUGUGAAGAGUCCCUUGGCCCAGCAGACUACUUGACGUUAGCAUCUUCAUAUCAUACUUUUUUCAUAGAUGAGGUGCCUGUGCUCUACCUCAAACACAAGAACGAAGCUCGUCGGUUGAUUAACCUUGUUGACGCUUUGUAUGAGUCUCGGUGUCAGAUAUUCAUCCGUUCACCUGCAACAACGUCGACGCUCUUCUUCCCAGAUGCGUUGGAUUUAGAGGAAUCUCAAGUAGACGAGAUGACCAAUGACAGGAUUAUGGAGGCUGAAUCUCUCUCCGAAACGCUUGCUACGCCUUAUCGACCGAAUGUCAGUCUAUACAAUACUACCACCCCUGCUAAGAAGGAGAAGGAAAAACUGAAGGAAAAGCGGAGCGGGAGUUCUUUUAGCGUUUUAGGGAUUUGGACAGGAGAGGACGAGAGGUUCGCAUAUAAACGAGCGGUAUCUCGUCUGAUCGAGAUGACCACUUCACCCACAUAUGCUGCCGAAGAAUGGUUACCCUUAGAUGAAGAAGCAAGGACAUGGGAGAACUCGAAAAAUCCCACCACCGCACAUUCAACCGUAAGACGUGCAUCGCUCGGUUUGGGGAGUGCGGAAAAGGCCAUAGAUGAUCUAGCCGUGGAAGCUGGCUAUAGUAGACCGGAAAAGCUGGAAAAGCCAGACGUAAAGGCUAGGAAACCAGCGCCUAAGAUCAAGGAGCAGCAUAUGUGGGGAGUUGUUGAUGAAUGGGGAGAAAAGGCAGGCAAAUGGGGUAAAGGAGUGAAAGCUUACGAGACGGAAAAGUCUGAUAGAUAG